GUGCCCCUUGGGCUUUGUUCGACCUCUUGACCUCCCAGAAAUCAAGAAAUCCUGAAAUCACUCGUCAUCGUUGCAUCGACCCGAUCUUCCUGAAACUGUCACUAGCGUUUUAUUGUGCCCACCAUGUCUGUAGAAGACCAUCUGCUCGACGAUAUCGAGCCAAAUAGCGUGACGACCCGCACCCACAUACCCUACAAACCGCUCGCAUCGCUCAACGACCCGUUCGUCCUGAACGACAUCGCUACCCGGAACUACAAGACACAGUAUGCCAACAUCUACUUUACAAGACUGCUCAAGCUGCGACCCCUCGUCGCAAAGGUAGCUAACGAGAGAUGGGCGGAGACGCCAGGGAAACCGAAGCUCCUGAAGCGGAUCCUCAACGUCGAACGAACAAAGCUAUGCUACAUCAUUGGAACGAUCUACAUGGAAAUGCCUCUCAAGCCGAAUAUUCUGGAAGAUAUGGGCAGAGAUCACUGGAUUGCUGCACCUCCACCCCGCAGAAAGAUCUUUUCACCUGAAGACGUAGUGCAUCUCGAGGAUGAGUCUGGCAGGGUGACUCUGGUAGGAAAACGCCUGAGAAAAGAGGUCGAGCGACCAGGCGGAGGAUUGGUUACAGGCGUCGUAACGGCUUGUCUCGGCAUGGAGAACGCUUCAGGAGAUUUCGAGGUCAUCGACCUUUGCUUUGGUGGCCUACCUCCUUUAGCCUCCCCUAGCUCGCUGAAACCCGUCAAGCCGUUGCAAACGGACACCAAGCAAAACGUCAACAAGGGCAAGGGCAAGGCUAAACAGGUCGUUCCAGACGAGGAUGUGGAUAUGGACGCGGACAGUGUGACGCAGAACGUCGAUAUGGAAACGAAAGACGGAGAGCCCCAGUGGGUGGCGUUGAUUUCGGGCUUAUCGGCGGGAUCGAGCGAAGUACCAGAGGAUCUCAAGGGGCAGCUGUUGUCGGAAUGGCUAACAGGAGAGCUUGGGGGCGUCGAUGAUCAGAUAGAUGGAGCAAAAGUGGGCCGGAUAAUUCUGGCAGGAAACAGUCUAUCACAACCGGUUCGAAACGAGGAUGACAGGAAGCCCAAACGAUACGGAUACGACUCUUCUACCUACACAGCACACCCUACCAGCACCCUGGACGCCCUGCUUACAGACCUUCUCACUGCCGGCCUACCGGUACACAUUGUUCCUGGCCCUGAAGAUCCAGUCGGCUCGACGUUACCACAACAACCAUUCCCGCGGUCAAUGUUGAGGAAUGCUGCUAUGGGAGGUGGCAAGGCGUUGACGAUGGAGACGAAUCCAUGUUGGUUGGAGUUGGGCGGCAAGAGUUUCUUGGGAGCUGGAGGACAAGCAUUGGACGACAUCUACAAGUACCUGCCUUCGGAUGAUCGCCUGUCGAUGGCCCGAAGAACGCUUGAAUGGAGACACAUCGCUCCGACCGCACCAGAUACGUUGUGGUGCUUCCCCUUCUCGGAUAAGGAUCCUUUCAUCAUUGAGCGACGACCGAACGUGUAUUUCUGGGGCAAUCAGCCAGAGUUCCGAACGGCAUUGGUUGGUGAAUCGGACGCACCUACACGAAUCGUCCUGCUACCCCGCUUCGCCGAGACCGGACUUGUUACCCUCAUCAACAUUGCCUCUCGCAACCUCGAAUGCAAGACGGUGUCGAUCGGGAUUCCCGAAUGGGACAAGAAGACCAAGAUCGAGCUGUCCGAGGAAGAGGUCGAGGCUGAACGAGCGAGGACAGCCGUUGUCAGAAGCGAUCUGGACAUGAUGAAUGACGAAGGUGGGGACUGGUAAGCUUCACCGAGACGGAUAGAUCACGAUCGUACAACGGUUAGAGCAUGGUAUAAUAAAGUACAACGAGAUUUCCCUGGGUAUUGCCUUGUUUACGUCCCUGGUAUUGCCAAUCCUUGAAGUCGUAAUCAUGACUAGUUGUAAUUUCUCAUAUCCUGCGAGCCCAAAGCACAGAU